UGUUGCUUGUUUGGUCUAGGAGAGUGGGAUUGGGACUAUAAGUUCACUCAUGGCUUCACUGUUUCGCUUGAAGAAUUUUAACCUCACCUUUGUUGUGCUCUGCCCCACUCUUUUGCUGAUUUUUCAUCCAAUUACAGCUACCGAUGUCAAACACUGUGAUAAUAAAAUUGACUAUGCUAUUAAGGUCCAUGGAGUAGAGAUUUCCCCUGAUCCUGUGAUAAUAGGCAAGCCAGUUAGCUUCAUUAUAUCAGCCUCAACAGGUCAAGAUAUCCCUGGGGGAAAAGUAGUGAUCAAAGUUUCUUAUUUUGGACUGCAAGUACAUACAGAAACCCACAAUCUGUGCGAGGAGAUUUCCUGUCCUAUUGCAGCUGGAAACUUUGUGCUCUCCCACUCUCAAACUUUACCUGGAUUUGCUCCACCUGGCUCCUACACUCUGAAGAUGACAAUGGAAAAUAAAAAUCAAUUGUUGACUUGUAUAAAGUUCAAUUUCAAAAUCAGCCUAUUUCCUGUCUCUGAUAAUUAAGUGCUGGCAUGCGACUUGGUAAGAACGUGGUUUCUAUGAUAUGUUAAGUAAAGUGCACAAAAGGGGAUUUUUUUUAUAUACAAUUGCAUAAAAUCCGCUGUAAAUUUUGUGCCUGUCUACUCUUUGGACAAGUUGAUAUUUAAAUAAAUUAAGUAAAUAAUUUGAAUGUAAGAAGUUAUACAUAA